GUGCUCUGUGACGUCAUUUCCCCGGUAGCGCGUCACAGAUCGGCGUUACCAGUGUAAAUGCUGAAAACCGGGCCGUCCCUGCCCUGAAAGCGCACGAGCCUCUUACUAUAAUACAAGCGCAUCUGUUUUCGCUUUAAAAACGGAUAGAUAUAUAGAAACCUUUAGGACGCUUGAACGAUGAUGAAAAACGGGCACCACCAGGCGGUGACUGCGGCGGAGGAGAAUCCGGUACCGGUCUCCUGCAGUCCCGAGAAGAGAAGACGUCUUGUGCGAGUGUGGUGUGACGGAUGCUAUGACAUGGUCCAUUAUGGACACUCAAACCAGCUACGACAAGCAAAAGCUAUGGGGGAUUAUCUCAUAGUGGGAGUGCAUACUGAUGAGGAGAUCUCCAAGCACAAGGGCCCACCGGUCUUCACACAGGAUGAGAGGUACAAGAUGGUGCAUGCCAUUAAAUGGGUGGAUGAUAUAGUUGAGGGUGCCCCCUAUGUCACCACUCUGGAGACUUUGGACAAAUACAACUGUGACUUCUGUGUACAUGGAGAUGACAUCACUUUGACAGUGGAUGGAAAGGACACAUAUGAAGAAGUAAAAAAGGCAGGCAGAUACAGAGAGUGUAAGAGGACUCAGGGUGUGUCCACUACAGACCUGGUUGGCCGCAUGCUCCUGAUGACUAAAGCUCACCACAGCAACAUAGGAAGUUCAGAUUAUCAGCAACACACGGACAACUUUGGAAGGGGCCCAAAAGGUCACAGUCCCUGGACGGGGGUGUCUCAAUUCCUGCAGACGUCCCAAAAAAUCAUCCAGUUCGCCUCAGGGAAGGAGCCACAACCAGGAGAAACCAUUAUAUAUGUGGCUGGAGCCUUUGACCUUUUCCAUAUUGGCCAUGUGGACUUUCUGGAGGCAGUAUACAAGCUUUCAGACAAGCCAUAUGUUAUUGUGGGGCUACAUUUCGAUCAGGAGGUGAACCGCUACAAAGGAAAGAAUUAUCCCAUCAUGAACAUCCAUGAGAGAACACUGUCUGUUCUGGCAUGUCGGUACGUCUCAGAGGUGGUAAUUGGAGCUCCAUACACUGUUUCAAAGGAUUUGCUGGACCAUUUCAAGGUGGAUCUUGUUUGUCAUGGGAAGACUGAAGUGUUUCCAGACAAAGAUGGCUCAGACCCCUAUGCUGAACCUAGGAAUAAAGAAAUACUACGAAUAGUGGACAGUGGAAACACUCUCACCACCGAUGAUAUUGUACAAAGGAUAAUAAAAAACAGGUUGCUGUUUGAGGCCAGGAACCAGAAGAAGGAGGAGAAGGAGAUGGCAGUGAUCGAGGCCAUGAAGCAACGGGAGGAGGAAAAGGCUAAAGAGAGUUCUCAAUCUGUGCUGUAGAAAAGUUUCAGACACUGACUCUACCACUUCCCUCCCGAGCCGCCUCUGCGGUGUCCUUUUAAACUCUCCAUAACACUGAAGUACUUUUGUUCUGAGUGUGUGUGUGUAAAGAAAAUAUAUUUAAAAAAUCAUGUUCUUCAGCACUACUCAUAACCCCCGUACAUGUGUAGACGACAGCUAGGGUUUAGCAAGAUAACACACACCACAUAUCAACACAAGCAACUAUGCCCCAGUGAAACACACACAAAUAAAUAAAUGGUUUCUAUCUAGUCACUGAAAAUGUGUAUAACGUCACUAACUCUAAUUUACAAGCGUACGUUUAGUGCACCCCCUUGUUCAGAUCUUAACAAAUAUCAUAAGACCAAACGCUGUAAGACAUGAGUUUGUACAGUAAGAAACAAGUUUAUUUUUAUUUUUUUUUGUCCAGUACACAAUGAUUUGAAUGUUGCCUUUGUAAAUCUGCUCACUCCUUGUACAAAUUCCUCAGUGUUUAAACAUAUACAAAUGAUCUGAAAUGAUAUUGUAUGAACACUAUACAAAGCCUUAUUAGAAGGGAAUGUUACUGUUUUAAAGUUCGGGAUAUGUGUUUUUAAUCGUGGCAUUCCUGCAUGAAUAUUACAUGAGUUCUUGCAUGCAUGUGUGUGUGUGUGUGUGUGUGUGUGUGUGUGCGCACGUGUGUGUGUUUGUCUAAAAACAUCAGAAAGUUUGUGACUUAGUGUUACAAUUUACUAAUCUGGAUCUGGACCACUUAAAACAUCUGUAUCCUAUUGUAAAUAUGUAUUUUAUGUAACAUGUACCUAAUAAAAUAGAUCUCUAUCUGUCUUCGAAUUAAAUAA